AUGACGAUUCCUACAAUUUCACUAUCAGAAAGAGACGAUUUUGAUGAGCUCGAGGUUGAGGAUGAUGCAUGCGCAGUCGAUGUAUUUGUAGCCGACAAUGUAGGAGACGUAGAAAGAGAGGAUGAGGUUAUUGAAGUCGGAGUUGGAAUAGAUGAUAUCGAGGCUGAGGCUGAAGCAGCAUCAUUAUUUGUGAAGAUUUGGAUGCUCUGGUAG